GACCACAUUUUUCUUUGAUGUUUUUUAUGUGUUUGAACUUUUACGAAUCUUCUUCAUUUCUAAUAAAUUAAUGAUGAAUAAAGCAACAGGGAAAGUGCAGUACUGCGUGGAUUUGGUGGCGAAACUGGACGAGUUUAGACAACAGAAAGUGCUUUGCGAUAUCACUCUCGUCACGGCUGAGAGAACCUUUCCUGCUCACCGAAACGUCCUUGCUGCUGGCUGUCCUUACUUUUGUAAACUGUUCACAAGUGACAUGAAGGAGAAGUGGACUGAUUGCGUAGAUUUAUCGCAGAUGGAAGUCACAGCGAACGCAUUGGGUCCGUUACUAACUUACUUUUACACUGGUACCAUUGAAGUCACACAAUCCAAUGCUGAAGAACUUUUCAUUUCAGCUGAUUAUUUCUUUAUCCCAGAGGUGAAGUUGGCAACAUCAGCAUGGUUAGUUGCUAAUAUCAAUGUGUCCAAUUGUUUAUAUUACUGUGACUUAGCUGAACGUUAUAACUGCGCAAAACUCUCUAAAGCGUGCCGUGUAUUCAUUGACAAACAUUUUCAUGAAGUCACGCAAUCCCAGGAUUUCCUUCGACUUGGUAUCGAAGAGAUCACAUAUAUGAUUUCUAGUGAUGAUAUUUGUGUUGAAAACGAAGAAGCAGUGUACGAGAGCCUCAUGACUUGGAUCAGUUACAAUCAAGGUGAACGAGAAGUUUAUUUUCCUAAAUUACUGGCAUGCAUUCGAAUUAGCUCAAUGUCACAUGAGUACCUUCAGUUACAGGUAAUCACAAAUUCACUCGUUCAAAGAGAUUCUUCUUGCAUAAAACUAGUUGAGAGUGCCAUGAAAAGGGAUCAUUCAUCUGGUUGUUUGUCACCUCAAAAUCCAAGAAAAUGUCUGCAGCCAGAAAUUGAUGUUGUUGUUGCUAUUAGUGGUUUGAUAAGGAGCAGCGAGACUCAGUCAACUUCAGUCCGUUGUUAUGUACCAGAAGAAGACAACUGGUUUGAAAUGGAACAUUUUCCAAACCAGAUUAACUGGCAUGGAUUUGCUGCAUAUGAAACAGAGCUGUAUACAGUUGGAGGAGAAAGAAAUGGCAUGGUGUCAAAAGCUCUUGAAAAGUUUGAUCUGGAGACAAACAGAUGGGAAACUAUGUCCUCGAUGUUGAAAGAGGUUUUAUUUCCAGCAGUUGCAUUCCUAGGAAAGUGUCUCUAUGUUAUUGGUGCUUCGAGGGGCCACAGAGGAACACUACAAAUUUACAUCCCUUCCAUGAACGUCUGGACUCUGGGAACAGACUUAAAUGUCCCACGAGAAGUCACUUGUGCUAUAGGCAAUGGGCAGUUCCUGUAUGCUAUUGGUGGAAUGAGAGCAGGGAAUGGUGAAUAUCUAAACUCAGCAGAGAAGUAUGACCCAGAGCAAGACACAUGGACAAGUAUUGCUCCCAUGACCCACCCAAGGGGUGGAACAUGUGCUGUGUCAUACAAAUCAUCAAUUUUUGUCAUGGGUGGGGAGUAUAAUGUGCGUGUUGCCCUUUCAACUUGUGAAGUUUACUCCACAACAUCUGACCAGUGGCAAUCUAUUGCUUCAAUGCAUGUCCCAAGGUACUUUGCUGGGGCUACCAUGGUAGGAAAGAAAAUUUAUGUUUUUGGAGGUGUUGGUGGAUCCAACGUGGACUUAGAACAAAGAAAAAUUGUUGACAGGUAUGACAUUGAACAGGGUGUGUGGAAUUCAGACAUUAUUAUUCCCUGGGAAGCAAAAUAUUUGCAAUGCUGCUCCCUUCGUGUUAAAAGAGACUUUUUGCAAGGUUUGCAGAUGGUUGCUAGUUGAAAUGACAAGAACUGAUUAAAAAAAAAUUGAGGUCCCAAGAUACCUUUAACAUCUUGGAAAGUAUGGCUCCCCUUAAUGCAAAGUGUAGACCCCCCACUAAAAGUUGCU